CUCAUAUCUUAGACAUGGUUGUAUGUUGUUUUUUACGGGUUUUUUUUGAAACUCGGCUGUCAUGCCGCUUCGCUUCGCUUCGCUCUCUAUCUUAUUGUUUCUUAAGAAACAACAAACCAACACAGAAUGAAUCUCGUUCUUCUUAUUUUUGUUUUACUUGUUCUUCUAAAGCAAUGGUUUUAGGAUUCAUGCUUCUUUGCUAUUAGAUCACCCACUUCCCUUCUCAUUCUCAGUUCUUGUUUCUUCAUCAUCUUCAAUGGUGGCUUUUUCUUCAAUAUUUCUAUUUUAACUUAAAAUUUCAAACACAGCCACUCAUUUCAGUGCAUUUGAUGCUAUAAAGAUUAGAAACAGAAAGAAAGGUUUUUAUUUUUGUUGUUAAUUUGACGAAAGAUUCUCUUUUUAUCUGCCGAACCUUCACUAUGGGAGUUAUUAAGUUGGAGCUUCGCUGUCCGAAAAGUGUUGAAGGAAUCGCAGUCGAUCCCGAGCCUGAUUGGAGUUUCGAAGCGCUUUUGUCUGAGAUUAAUUCACUUGAAGUAAAGCUUAAUGUCUCUUCAACUCCUGUGCUUUUCGCCAAAACAAAAUCACGAGGAAUUCCAAAUGGGAAAAGUGUUGAAAGAAAAGCUGGAGCUUUUGUUAUGUAUUUAUCAGAUGAUGAGAUGGAUGCCGAAUUUACUCAGGGUGAGGAGGUUUAUAAUCAAGCUUCGGUGUUGGUCAAGCGAUUUGGCUGUGAUGAGCUUUAUCUGAGUGAGAGUGAUGAUUCUGGUGAUGACAAAGAAUUGGAGCCAUACCUGAUGGAUGAAGUGGGAUUAGCUGAAGGUGCUUUGGUUGAGCUAACCCAUGAGCACCAGCUUGGAGUUAAGGAGGAGAUUAGGAACCUGAUUUCAACAUUAGAGAUGGAGCUAAUGAGUGAAAAUGAACAGUCUUACUCUGCACUUGCCCGAGUUCAGAAAUAUAGGGACAUGAGAAGGGAAAUGGAUAAGAAACUUGAUACUCAAUAUCAGCGCAAAAUUGCAGAAGCACUUGAUAAUCAUUUGACUGCCAUCCAGCGAGAUCAUGAACUUAAAUCACAAAUUGAAGAAAGAAAAAUAAGAAGUGAUGCAGCUUACGAAGAGGCCAAGAGGAAGGAAAGGGCUCUUCAAGAGGAAAAACUACGUCAGGAGAAAAUGAAAGCGGAAGCAGAAGCUAAAAUUAGAGUUGAGGAAGCAAACAAAGCAGCUUUAGAAGCUGAGAGGAGAGCAGCAAAAAAAGCUGCAGAGAGAGAAGCUACUGAAGCCUUGGAAAGAAUUAUGCCUGCAGCAUCUCAAGGUGAAGCUACAAGGCGCCAGAUGGAUGGUGGUUCAGUGAUUUUGAAUUAUCAAUCCAAGGGACCUGUAUCUGAUAGAAUAACGAAUUCACAAUCAGCAGGUCACAUACUCAGAGCUGCGGAAAGUGCACUAAAGAUGGAGCAGAAAAGAUGGCAAAAGCUUACAGAGAUUGAUGAAAAGAAUCAGGCAUUGACAUCGAGCUCCAGUAAGGAUCUCAGCAGCCAUGAAAGGCAUAUCUCCAGGCUGAUAAGGCAAAUAAGGGGCACAAAAGAUAAUGUCAGAACAAAGGCAAGUGAAAUUAUUAAGAUUUUCAACAAUCCUCUUUGUCCUCAAUCUGUUAGCAUUGCAACUUUUGCAAAGAAGGUCGUCUCCCAUUGUGAAAGCCCUGAUAAUGCUGCUUUUGCUUGUGGCUAUGUCAUUGUCCUGGUUACUUCACAGGUACCGGAAGUGAUGGAUCUUCUUCUUGGUGAGUUCCAUAGAGCUUGCAUCUACACCGUUCCAAAACAUAUAGUGUACUUAGAGUCUGCAUUUGAAUCUAAAGAUGCUUACUACAAAAGUAUUGGAUAUCGAGAAAAAGAUGGAAAAAUUGAGAGUCUUGAGGAUUUUUUGAGACGAUUGGAAUCCUACAUGAGAUUGUAUGCUGCACUAAUUCAGACAGAAGUGCAGGGUGUAAAGAACACACAUGGGUUGGAAGAAGGUUGGACAUGGCUUGCAAGAUUCUUAAAUGCUGUGCCUGCAAAUAUAUACACUGCUGUUGCAUUGCAUGUAUUCCUGCAAAUGGCAGGUUUUGCUCUCUUUCGCAAAUACAAAUCUCAGUUUAUGAAGAUGAUCAACAUAAUCUCUGACAACUUUUUGAAUGCGUUGAGGGCACGAGAAGAUUCAGAGCUGAAGCCAGUGAUUGUGGGGAUUCAAUCCUAUAUAGAAGACAAAAAGUUUCUUGAGGAACCUGAAGGGAGGACUUUGCAGGCUUCCUUACUAUCAAGCACAAUGGUUCCAGAUUCAGAAUACCAAGAGUCUUAUAGUGGCGGCGGGUACCACCCAGAAUACCAAGAGUCUUAUGGUAGAUACCAGCCUGAAUUUCACAAGACCAAUAGUAGAUACCAAUAUUAUUAUUAACUCACGGUUUCUAUCAUAAAUUCCUGUAGAAUUGUUUUGUAAACUCUGAUUGAAUAGUUAAUAUGUACCACAAUUAUUUU